GGAUGGGAGGGAGGUGGGGGAAUUCUGUUCUCAGGAGAUGAUCACUGGGCUUUAUGAAGAUGAUCCUUUAUGACCUUUUGAUUAAAGUAUUAACCAUCCAUUAGGCCAACAUGGAGCGGUCAGAGGCAUAGUGGGGCUGAAGUGGUUGGCAAAGAUCAGAAUGACUGGCAAUACAAUUAAGGAGGGUGGCAGUCAAGAAGCCUGUUUUGAAAGCAAAAAUGGGCUGGAGGAAAUUGGGUACCCUCACUGAGCUGGGGCAGUCUCAAAAUUUCCUGAGCAGCUGCUGGUACGUCAGAGGCUUGGAAUUGGCAUGGUAAAUCUAAAACUGUCUCAGCAGUGGUUAGCUGACCUCAUCCAAGUUCCAAUUCCUACUCUGACUGAUGCCUUUUUCCUGAGCCUCAGAGCUAAAGAGCCUCCUGUGUUCUUUCCUAUUGGCUGGGAAGACCAAUUGAAGUUCCCUUGCCCAUGUUAGGAGGUGUACGCCUCCUGAACUAAAGAUAGAAACAGCUGGCCCUUCCAAGCAGCUAAAAGCCUCCAGAGUAAGAGGUGUUCCCCCACUCGUCAGCCAGACUCCUUGAAAUACCCUUUCAGUAAUUCUACCAACACCUCCAUGGCUCUACUCUGCCAUAACAAAGGCUGUGGGCAGCACUUUGACCCCAAUACCAACCUUCCUGAUUCCUGUUGCCAUCACCCUGGGGUCCCAAUCUUCCAUGAUGCACUUAAGGGUUGGUCCUGCUGCUGGAAGCGAACUGUAGAUUUCUCUGAGUUCUUAAACAUCAAGGGCUGUACUGUGGGACCACACUCUGCUGAGAAGCUUUCUGAGGACCCUCAACCUGAGGGCCCUGCCACAAGCAGUUCACUUGAGGAGCAAAAACCUCUGAAUACGUUUCCAAAGUCAGCAGAGACCUUGCGCCGGGAGAGGCCCAAGUCAGAGUUGCCUCCAAAGCUGCUGCCACUAAACAUAUCCCAAGCAUUGGAAAUGGCAUUGGAACAGAAGGAACUAGACCAGGAACCUGGAGCAGGACUUGACAGUAGUCUGAUUCAGACUGGUUCCAGCUGCCAGAACCCAGGAUGUGAUGCUGUUUACCAAGGCCCUGAGAGUGAUGCUACUCCAUGUACCUACCACCCAGGAGCACCUCGAUUCCAUGAAGGGAUGAAAUCUUGGAGCUGUUGUGGCAUCCAGACCCUGGAUUUUGGGGCAUUCCUGGCACAACCAGGAUGCAGAGUUGGUAGACAUGACUGGGGGAAGCAGCUGCCAGCAUCUUGUCGUCAUGAUUGGCACCAGACAGAUUCCUUAGUAGUGGUGACGGUGUAUGGCCAGAUUCCACUGCCUGCAUUCAACUGGGUGAAGGCCAGUCAAACUGAGCUUCAUGUCCACAUUGUCUUUGAUGGUAACCGUGUGUUCCAAGCACAGAUGAAGCUCUGGGGGGUCAUAAACGUGGAGCAGAGCUCUGUCUCCUUGAUGCCAUCUCGGGUUGAAAUCUCCCUGGUCAAGGCUGACCCAGGGUCCUGGGCCCAGCUGGAGCACCCUGAUGCAGUAGCUGAGAAGGCUAGGGCAGGGGUUGGAUUAGAGAUGGAUGAGGAAGAAUCUGAGGAUUCAGAUGAUGAUCUGAGCUGGACAGAGGAAGAGGAAGAGGAAGCGAUGGGGGAAUAGUUAUAUUAGACAGCUGAGUAUCUUGAUAGGACCUCAGUGACUCCCUGAAGAUGUUAGAGACCAGGAUAUGUUGGCAGUGUGGUAUUACUGAGCAGAAGGAGGCUGAAGGGAGGGGAGAACAAAAGUGUCCAAAUCAUGCUGUUUAUUCCCUUAAAUAAAUCUUAUAUUCUGCAGUUUCA